UACCCGAACCCCGGAUCCUUCUCCAUGCUAGUCCCUUCCCUGGUCAAGAUUUUGAAAAUUACACAUUCCCAUACAAUUUAACGUGACGACAGACCUCAUAUACUAACUAAAUUUUGUCGCACACUGUCAUGAAAUAAAAGAAAUAAAAUGUCUUAAUCUGUCAAUGCUGUCACUACAUAUUAUUUACAAACUUCAAACAAAAUGCAGAAUAAAUAACACACUAAAACAAGAUAAAUUAGAAAUGUAAAUUACAAACAUGUAUCAAUUAAUAAUAAAUAAAACUACAACAACCAUGUUAAAAUGAGGUAAGAAAUCAUAUCAAAAAUACUAAACAGAAAUAUGGUCAUAUCUCAUUCACAAUGCCGUUACGUAAGAGAAAGGUUCUCCAAAAGAAGCAACAGCAGAUCCCUAAUCUUACCAACGGCACCUCACGAAGGCUACCAGUAAAUACUAGUGUGAAAAUGCCAACGACAGUUAGCGUACCUACUACCAAAGUAUAUUCAAGGGUACCCGGGACAAAGAUUAAAUUAAGUCCAACAGUAACGAAACAUAACCAUACGCGUGUAUACUCGUACGUUCCUGACAGACUUUCGCACAAGCCUAAAAUGAGAUUGGGACCAUAUGAAGGAACAUACAAAUGUUGUGGUUUGUCACCGAAAGAGAAAAUGCAGAUUAUUGGUACUUGCCAAUCAAGAACCACACGAUACGUGCACCUGAAAAAUUUGGCUGCUGACGCCAUAAGAAAAAAUAAAAUAUUCUCAGUGUAUGGUACCUGCAAGACCGUACGCGACGCUCUGGUCGAGCGAGGGUGGGUGGAAAAGCUUCCCUCGCAGCGUAUGAACAUGAAAAAUAUAUACAGCGGCCGCACACCUAAACACGAGAUUAGAAACGAGCUAGAAACCCUCCUCCUAUCCCAUUUAGUAGAAAAAUAUUCACCUAAUUUUAUAUGGCGCACAAAGGAGUACCAGGCGCAAAAGGGCAGUACCAUAGAUAUGACAAAGGAUUACGUACCUACUGUUAACAAGUUACAGAUAGACGCUGCUUGGACAACGAAGCAAGGUCUCUGCUCAGCCAUAAAAAGAAACUACUGGUUCUAUAUAGAAGGUGUAGCCGAAGUGUAUUGUCCGCGAUCAUACAAUAGCUACGAUACUGGUGAAAUAGAUAGUUUUAAGAACGAUUUUAAAGUUACAGCUUGUACAAGCUUGCUGAAGUGGGUGCUGUCAAUGGUCGCCAAUGACCGACCUGUGUUCGUCUCUAAUGGUACGGUGUCUAUAAAAAUCAUACUAUUUGCAAUAAACAGGUGUAAAGAAUACUUGUAUAGGAAACAGAAUAAAGACAUAGACAAAACAGUAAGCAAUGUAACUGCAGGCCAGUGGAACACUUUUAUGAAAAAUUACUCCCGUAUAAUUUCAAAGACCGCCCAUUUUGACACUGAUAAACAGGAACAAUUGAGUUUAUACUUAAGUUACGCGAAAUUUAUAUUGAAAGAAAUUUACAAGUACCGACCACAAUUAAGUUGCGAAGGGUGUCACAAUAUUUGGAUAAUAAAGCCUGCUCAUUGGUGCAGGGGCAGAGGCAUAAGAUUAGCUUCUAGAUUGGAAGACGUCGAUGACAUAUUAAAUAAAACCAAAGCGAAAUACGUCCUACAAAAAUACAUUGAGGAACCAUUACUCAUACACGAGACAAAAUUUGACAUACGACAAUACUAUCUUAUAACAAGUACAUGUCCUUUAGUUAUAUGGAUGUAUAAAGACUGCUAUUUGAAAUUCAGCACACAAAAAUACAACCUGAAGAACUACCAUGAAUCGAUCCAUCUAACGAACAACGCAGUGCAAAAGAAAUAUACAAAUUGUGAAAACCGCCACGAAGAUCUGCCUCUAACCAACAUGUGGGACUCAGAUACCUUCAAAAGCUAUUUACAAAAAAGUGGAAAGGCAAAUGUGUGGGAUAAUAUAAUCUACCCGGGAAUGAAAAAGGCCAUAAGAAGCAUAGUGCUAGGUUGCCAGGAUUCGCUGAUUGCAUGUAAAAACCGUUUCGAGUUGUAUGGUUGCGACUUUAUGUUAGACAAGGAAUAUAAGCCGUGGUUAAUUGAGAUUAACUCCUGUCCUGAUCUGCAUCCUACUACUCCAGUCACUGCAAAGAUAUGUCCGGCUGUUAUAAGAGAUAUCAUAAAAGUGGUCAUCGAUUAUGCCAAUGAUCCAAAUUCUUCCACCGGUAAAUUUGAAUGCAUUUACCGACAACCUCACACCUUACCACGGUAUUCAGGUGGGGACCUCAUUGUACGUGGCUACAGUCUUCCGUCUUCCUACUUUUAUAGAGGAAAAUAUGAAUUCAAAGAACCGCAUUAUGACUUAAAUAUUAGCAACCAACUGGACAUAGCGGCGGUAAUGAAAAUGAUGAAAAAUAUUUACGAAAAAGAGGCAGAGCUUGAUUAUGAAGAAAGUGAUGAACUUGUAGAGAAUCUAGACAUACCAGAUUUUGGUAACCAAUGCUCAAGCUCAGAAAUCGAAAUAGAAUCGCCGUCGUUUAUUGCUGACCAUUUGACCGGUAUAAUUGAGAGAGUAGUGUCAAAUAUAAAUGUUCGCACAAGUGAAGAGUCAAACCAUUUGACCGGUAUAAUUGAGAGAGAAGUGUCAGAUAUAGAUGUACGCACAAGCAAAGAAUCACCCAAGUCCACAGAUGAAGAGUUACUUGAACCAGGUGGCAGUUUUAGUGAUAAAAACUGGGGAGAUUUGAGGCUUCUUGAAAGUGCUCUAAUAGCAGGUUUAUCACAGUCUAUAGAAACAAAUUCAAAACCAACCAAAAAUUGUUCCGAACAACAGGAUGAUACUGCACAAGCUCUCAUUAAUUUGCUCGAUUUCUUAACGAGAAAGGAAAAGGAAGAAAGAGAACGUAACUUGAAUCAAAUUAACUUGAAAAAAGCAUAAGUCGUUUAUAUAUUUUGUAUAGUAAAGAUGUAAUAAAGAUGUAAAACAAAGUAAAAGUCAACAGA